AAAGACGAGCAAAAUAAAUUGAUUUUAAUGAGAAGAAUGGAAAAAGCUUACGAUGAGCAAGCGGAAAACGCAUUGGCUGCUCUAUUGAACCAGUCGCGCUUUUUGUCAAAGAUUUACAAGCACAAGUCCAACUGGGCGAACCUGAAAGGACUGCCAUACAGAGGCGAUCGAGAGAAGGCUUUCUUGCUCAUGGGAAGAAUGUUGGAUUGGAUAAUGUCAGAACGAUCUCUCAUGACAGCGCAGGAGACGGAAGAUGCUGAAUUGGAGUUUGAUCGUUUACGGGCGCAGUUGAAACUUUUGAUGUUUCAAAUGCGUGCAAAUGAAAAACGUGUUCAGUUUGAUAAUGCGUUAAAAGCAAAGAUUCGAGACGCCGAAAAGACCUUUAACGGAACCUCCAAAUUUAAAGGUGAUGUAAAGGCCAAUGUUGAAGACUGUUUAAGGGCUUUACAGAACAUAAUACCAACAACAGAGCUUGGGAUUUCAGAAGAAGAGAAGAUAAUGAUUGUAAAAGCAAUGGAGCUCCAAAAAGGACACUGGCUUAAAUGUCCAAAAGGUCACGUGUAUGCUAUAGGUGACUGUAGGAGCAAUACGAUGGGAAGUCGCUGUCCCGAGUGUUAAUCCUGGAUAUGAGGUGCCAACCAUCGGGUGCGAGCCAACAACGAUUUGGCGAUGGAAAUGGAUGGUGCCGUCCACGCUGCCUGGUCUGAACAAGCCAAUAUGGCGAACUAUGGGUUUGAAGUCAGAUUUUAAGAGGUUUACGAAAGCGUUUACUCGCUGAACCUUAAGAGGCAGUACUUCGAAUGUUUUGAACAAUAUGAUCAAUAUUGAAUGGUUGCUUUUGAAUCAUUGUAUAAAUGAGUGUAUACGAAUGCAUGUUUGUAUGUACAUACAUGUACAUGUACUGAUUUGAUGUUUUUUAUGUUUGAUUAUGAGUCAUAUUUUAUUUGUACGAUAUCAAAAAUACCAAAAUGCCAUAGUAAAAUGCAUUUUCAAUUAAUGUUCUAAAACAUAUAAAAGUAUGCAAGGAAUGUGUAAUUCGAAAUUAAUGGAAUUUUUUUUUUUAAAUGACUGAAAUAUUGCUCUUAGUAUGUUGUGUACAUCCCGUUUUAGCUUCUAAUAUCUGCCUUUUACAUGUUAAAGACCGUUCCGUUACAAUGUAUUGUUAUUUGUCUAGAAAUAAUGUUGUUCACUUGUAUGCUAUUGAACUAUGCCUAGACAUUACAUGACACAUGCGAAGCGGAGUUCAUUUGUUACAGAUGGCAUUAUGCUCGUUGUACUUAUUGUAAUUAACUUUAAUAGAUACAGUUAUGCAUAUUUUUGAUUAUUGUAGAUCGAUGUAUGAUGGUUGUCCUUAAAUUGGGAAUUAAUAAAUUAUUUAAAUUCUGGUUAAAUUAAAAAUUCCAAAAUAAUUACUACAUAUUAAGUAUUUACAAUGAUCCCUUUCAGAUAAGUUUGAAAA